UUGUGUAUCGAGAUGGAGUGGGAGAUGGUCAGCUUCAAGCAUUGCUUGACCAGGAAGCAAAACAGAUGUCAACCUACUUAAAACCCAUCUCUCCUAACAAUUUUGCUCUAGCUUUCAUUGUGGUGAAGAAACGAAUAAACACUAGAUUUUUUCUUAAAUGUGGAAGCCGUUUUGAAAAUCCACGUCCAGGAACAGUUAUUGAUGUAGAGUUGACUAGGAAUGAAUGGUAUGACUUUUUUGUCGUGAGUCAGCAUGUGAAAGAAGGGACUGUUACCCCCACUCAUUAUAACGUCAUCUAUGACACGAUUGGCUUGAGCACAGAUACAGUGCAGCGUUUAACUUACUGUCUGUGCCACACGUAUUAUAAUUUGCCAGGCACCAUUCGAGUUCCAGCGCCUUGCCACUAUGCCCACAAGCUGGCAUAUGUCGUGGGGCAGUCCAUUCACGAGAAACCGAAUCGUUCACUGUCAACCCUUCUCUUUUACCUUUGACUUGUAGCAGACCUGAUGAGGUACUGAAAGCACAACUUGUCAAUCUGUCUUCCUUUUGGAGCAGGAUGUCUGAAAUAUUUUCCUGCUUUAUAGCUUUAAAUUCUCAUCGUUCUUGAUUGGACACGAGAGAGAUUCGGAGUGAUACGUUCUACUCUCAGUACUACCACGGACUGAUCUUUCCAGAGUAGAACUGACAGGGUUUGGCUUGCAUUUUCCCUUUCAAAUCGGUGUCAGAGAUCUUAUAACUAAAUGUGACUGAACGUGUUCCACCCCAAGCAGGGCCACUCGGAUAAUUGAAAAGACUGGGCAUCUGUCAACAACUCUACUUUUCCAACUCUACUUGGAAAACUAUAUCUACUUUAGUUUUGAAACUUUUUUGUUAGGCAGGAAAGGAAGACAUCAAAAUAAUAACACUGGAUUUCUGUUUAAUGUUUUGUAUUUAGAAUUAAGCUAUUACUGAUGAGUUACAUAGGAAGCACUGUGUUAUUCCUUGUACUCGGGUGGGAAUUUGGAUGUAUUUGGGUGGAGUGGUCAUAAUGAAAGCUUGAUUAUGCUUGUAAUUCCAGCACUUAGGGAGGCCGAGGUGGGCGGAUGACCUGAGGUCAGGAGUUCGAGACCAGCCUGGCCAGUAUGGUGAAAUCCCAUCUCUACUAAAAUUACAAAAAUUAGCUGGGCGUGGUGGCGGUGCCUGUAGUCUCAGCUACUCGGGAGGCUGAGGCAGAAGAAUCGCUUGAACCCAGGAGGCGGAGGUUGCACCACUGCACUCCAGCCUGGGUGACAAAGUGAGACUCUGUCUCAAAAAUAAAAAGCUGGCAGCUUAGGAGCAUAAACAUUUGGUUGCUUUUUUCCCACAAAGAAGGAAAGCUAAACUCUGUUAAUGAAUUUGUCUAUUUCAUUCUAUCGCACAGUCCCAGUGUAUUAUGUUAGCCGUAUCGUAAUUAGACAUCUUCAGUAAGUUAUUUAAGUGAAGCUAUUAUGUUUUUCUAGAAAGCAGACUUUUUUCUCUCCUACUAUCCUUAAUUAGACUCAGGAGACAAUGUUUUUUUCUUUCUUUUUUUUUUCUUUUGAGAUGAUGUCUUGCUCUUGUUCCCCAGGCUAGAGUGCCAUGGCGUGAUCUUGGCUCACUGCAGCCUCUGCCUUCUGGGUUCAAGCGAUUCUCCUGCCUCAGCCUCCCAAGUAUCUGGGACUACAGGCAUGUGCCACCAUGUCUGGCUAAUUUUUGCAUUUGUAGUAGAGACAGGGCUUUGUCAUGUUGUCCAGGCUUGUCUCGAACUCCUAACCUCAAGUGAUCCGCCUGCCUCGAUCUCCCAAAGUGCUGGGAUUAUAGGCGUGAGCCACCUCGCUUGGCCUUGUUUUGUUUCUUAUACUCAUAAAUAAAGUGGUAUUGUAGAGGUGGGGAUUAAAUUCAAAUAUACAAGAAAAGGUCUAUUUGGAAACAACGUAAUUGUUUGAUUAUGUAUUAGGUUUAUAAUUUGAACUGGUCUUAUAAGAAAUAAAAUGGAAAGACUUUAGAAAACGUGUUGUAAUCUGGAUAAUGUCCUCCUGAACAGUUAUCGCCAA